UUCCAGGACAGAAGCUGAACUGGCAGCUUUAAUUAUAGAUGCCACAACUAGUGCUUUAAUUAUAAAUGCCACUACCAGUGCUGGAGGAAAUUCUCAUCGCUAGUAAACACAAAGAAGAAUUUCACCAGUUUUAGUUUCAUGGCUUUAAUUACUGAGGCUUCUUCUUCUUCUUCUUCUUCUUCUUCAGAAUGGAAAUAUGAUGCAUUCCUUAGUUUCCGAGGUGAAGACACCCGCAGAAAUUUUAUCAGUCAUCUAUAUGAACGGUUAUGUCAUGAGGGAAUCAACACUUUCAAGGACGAUAGAGAACUUGAGACAGGCCAAAGUAUUUCGCAAGCACUUCCUAAAGCAAUAGCAGAAUCGAGAAUCCUAAUCAUCAUUUUCUCGAAAAAUUAUGCUUGUUCAACAUGGUGUUUGGAUGAACUUGUACGAAUUCUUGAAUGCAAGAAAGCUGGGAGGCAAACAGUUUUGCCAAUAUUCUAUGAUGUAACUCCAUCUCAAGUGCGAAAGCAGUCGGGGAAUUUUGAAAAGGCAUUUGCUGUCCAUGAAGGAAGUUUCAAGGAGAAUAUUGAGAAAGUGCAACAAUGGAGAGCUGCAAUGAGAGAAGUGGCUGAUCUCUCGGGAUGGGAUCUGCAAGACAGGCAUGAGUCAGAGUUUAUUCGUGAGAUCGUUAAAGACAUAAUCAGCAAGUUGAGACGAUUUAGCAGUGACAUAACUAAGGGUCUCGUUGGAAUGGAAUUAAGAUUGGAGAAAAUGAGACUCUAUCUGGAUCUAGGGCAGUCAGAUAAGGUUAAAAUUAUAGGUGUUUGGGGGAUGGGAGGAGUAGGUAAAACAACUAUUGCUAGUGUUGUCUACAAGCAAAUGUAUUCUCAAUUUGAAGGUAGCAUUUUUCUUGCAGAUGUUAGAAAAGCUUCUGAAACACAUGAUGGUUUAGUUUCUUUGCAAAAAAAACUUUUAUCUGCAAUCUUAAAUCGGGAUUUAGAAAUACAUGAUGUUCACAAGGGAACAGAUGAGAUAGGAAAGAGGCUAUGUCAUAAAAAGGUUUUGGUCAUUCUUGAUGAUGUUAAUGAGUUGCAGCAUGUAGAGUGUUUAAUUGGAAAGAGAGAUGAAAACUGGUUUGGUGUGGGAAGUAGAAUCAUCAUAACAACUAGAAAUAAACAUUUGUUGGCCCAACAUGGAGUAGAUAAUGAAUAUAUGGUUGACGGGUUGGAUCAUGAGGAAGCCCUUAAACUCUUUCAUUUGAAAGCCUUUAAGAAUGAUCGUCCAACAUAUGAUUAUGAGGAGUUGUCUAACCAAUUUGUAAGAUAUGCAAGUGGCCUCCCAUUAGCUCUCGUUGUUUUAGGUUCAUACUUAUAUGCUAAAUCAAGGAAAGAAUGGACGAGUGCAUUGGAUAGGCUGAGAGAAAUACCCAAUGAAGAAAUUUCAAGAAAACUUCAAAUAAGUUUUGAUGGGUUAGAUGAGAUAGAUAAGAAAAUUUUCCUCGACAUAGCAUGUUUUUUCAAUGGAAUGAAGGAAAAUUAUGUGAAAAAAAUAUUGUACAGUUGCGGAUUCUACCCAGACAGUGGGAUAGGAGAGCUUAUCAACAGAUCUUUAAUAAGUGUUUCAGAUGAAAGAGUGUGGAUGCAUGAUUUGCUUCGAGAAAUGGGACAAAAAAUUGUUCGUCAAGAAUCCCCUAUGGAACCAGGACAACGCAGUAGGAUAUGGCUUUAUACAGAUGUCUGUCAAGUCUUGAUUAAUAAUACAGGAUCAGAAGUAAAUGAAGGCAUAGUCUUGGAUUUACUUGGUGAAGAGGGACAAUUGAUAAGAGCUAAAGGUUUCUCAAAGAUGAAAUAUCUAAGGAUGCUCAUUCUUCAAAAUGCGCGCUUUUUUUAUGACAUUGAAUAUCUUUCAAAUGAAUUAAGAUAUUUGGAAUGGCAUGAAUAUCCAUUUGAAUCACUGCCAUCAACUUUUCAACCAAAUAAACUUGUUGAGCUCCACUUGCAACACAGCAACUUGAAAAAAUUAUGGAAAGCAAUAGAGCCUUUGCAGUUGCUGAAGAUCAUUGAUCUUAGUUAUUCUCAAUGUUUAAUCAAGACCCCAGACUUUAGAGAUGUCCCAAAUCUUGAGGUGUUGAAUCUUGAAGGUUGUAAAAGCCUAGUUAAGGUGCACCAAUCCAUUGGAUUAUUGACAAGGUUGGUUUGUUUGAACAUGGAAGGCUGCGAAAAAUUAGUUACUCUUCCAAGUGGCAAUUGGAAUUUGAAGUCCCUCAAGAUUCUUAAUUUACGUGGCUGCUCGAAGCUUUGCAAACUACCCGAGGGGUUGGUGAGUAUGACGAGUUUGGAGGAGCUUGAUGUAGCUGGAGUUGUUUCUGGACAAGCGAAAUUGGCUAAAGCAAGGGAUCUUCUAAGUAAUUACUUACAGCGUACUAAGAGGAACGAAAAUCUACUGGCUUUAGCUAUCCCAAAUUUACAAGCUCUAAGGAAACUGGAUAUGAGUUACUGCAACCUUUCACAAGUUCCAAAUGAUCUGAGCUGCUUGCGGUCAUUGGAACAACUAAAUUUAAGUGGAAAUCAUCUUUUGAGCAUACCUUCAAGCAUCAUCCAACUUUCUAACCUUAUAGAUGUUGAUUUUUCUAAUUGCACAAGACUUGAGUCGUUGCCUUCUCUUCCAUCUAAUAUUGAAUGUCUGGAUAUGAAAAACUGCACUUCGUUGCAAACUCUUCCAGAUUUAGUGCAACUUUGUAGACUUGAAAAUCUUCGGUGUACUAAUUGUGAGAGCCUUCAGUCAUUGCCGGAUCUUCCAUCGAAUGUUCAACGUCUAGAUAUGGAAAAUUGCACUGCAUUGCAAACACUUCCAAAUAUAUUUGAAAAACACAAUAUCGAGAAGAGUUUUUACAUAGGUUUCUCCAAUUGCUCCAAAUUGAAUUACUUUCAAAGUAAAAUUACUGUGGCAUUUACAUGGCUGAGGAGUUACUUGCUUUGGUUAUAUGAAAUUCGGAAGCUACUGAAGAUACGGGAAAGUAUCCAAAGUGAAGAGGAGUUCGAAGAAAUUUGCCAUCAGAGAUGCGGUAGUCCAUACCGUCGACUCCCUGACUUCUAUAUAUACGUACCAGGAAGUGUAAUUCCUGAUUGGUUCAGCAAUCAGGGAGUCAAGAGCCCUUUGAGAAUGCUACUACCUCCACAUGAAAAUUGGUGGAAUAUUGCGGGUUUUGCAGUUUGUGCUAUUGUUGGGGAGAGAAGAUGUCGUGAACCUAUUUUUCUUAUUGCAGUCAAUAGUAAAAGUGGGGCGGCUUGGAAUAGGGGUUACGAAGUCCCCAUUCCUGGAGCUUCGAAAGUUGCAUUGGAUCACCUUAGCCUGUUCUUCGCUGCAAAUUACAAGCUAGAUCUGCACAAGGAAGACAGUCCAACUGAGCUGGUUCUUGAUUUCCCAGAAGAUGAAAUCAAGAAGUGUGGAAUCCGUGUGGUACACGACGAAGAAAUACAAGAGCUAAUCCAAUACAACAAACCCUUGGAAAUUUUAAGUGAAGAAAGAAAUGAAGUAAGUGUAGGGGUAGAGGAAGAUAAAGUCUCAAGAAGAAACAAGGAGAAACAAAAUAAUAACGCAAGCUGUGGAGAAGAUAAGUGCAUUGAUUCUUGAGAGGGACCCUCCAGAAAGAGGCUUCUGCACGAUUGAUGAUUUUUUUUUUUUUUUUUUAAGGUAAUACGAUUCUUGAGUUGUUAUACGGUUUGACUGUCAUCUUUUGCUUGGAGUUCAUUUUCAUGUUGCAAUUGUUCAAAUAUGAUAUUCAAAGUUGGUCUUUUCAUCCA